AUGCCGCGGAAGAGCGUAGCGAAGAAGGUCGAGGAGCCUUCGUCGGACGACGUGUCGGCGCAAUCCGAUGUCGAAAUGCAGGACCAGCAGGACGAUAAGAUGAGCGGCUUCAAGAAGUUUGGGUCGCAGUACAAUGUAGACACCCCGGACUACACGGACUCGGACACCAACCCCAACACCACAGCAAACAGCGUCGCAGGCGAUAGCGCGCCGGCCGACGGGCGAAAGCGACGCGCCGAAGAGAUGAACAUGCGAAAGAGCAUGUACGGCAAGAAGGCUGAGGGAUUGAGGGCAUCAAAGGAAGACGACACAAUCCGCCGCUUUCGAUACCUCCUUGGUCUGACUGAUCUGUUCCGUCACUUCAUCGACACGAACCCCAACCCGCGCAUAAAGGAGAUUCUCGCCGAAAUCGACCGUCAGGAUGCCGAAGAAACCAAGAAGUCAAAAGCAAGCAAGGUGCGCAAAGGUGGUGCUGCUGCCGAGCGUCGGCGCAAGACUGAACAAGAGGAAGACGCCGAGCUGGUGAGGGAGGAGAAGCAUGGCGGACACAACGAGACCGUCUUCCGCGAGUCGCCAGGCUUCAUCAAGGGCGGCACAAUGCGCGACUACCAGGUUGCUGGUCUCAACUGGCUCAUCUCUCUGCACGAAAAUGGUAUCUCUGGUAUCCUUGCUGACGAGAUGGGCCUCGGAAAGACGCUUCAGACCAUCUCUUUCAUCGGUUACCUCAGAUACAUUGCGGGCAUUACUGGUCCACAUUUGGUCGCAGUCCCCAAGUCUACCCUGGACAACUGGAAGCGCGAGUUUGCAAAGUGGUGUCCCGAGGUCAAUGUCUUGGUGCUCCAGGGCAACAAAGACGACCGUGCAGACCUCAUCAAGGAGCGCCUGGUCCCCGAUAGUUUCGAUGUCUGUAUUACCUCGUACGAAAUGAUUCUGCGCGAGAAGUCACACUUGAAGAAGUUUGCGUGGGAGUACAUCAUUAUUGACGAAGCCCAUCGUAUCAAGAACGAAUCCUCAUCUCUCGCACAGAUGGUCCGCGCAUUCAACUCCCGAAGCCGGCUACUCAUCACAGGUACCCCUCUGCAAAACAACCUGCACGAACUCUGGGCUCUACUCAAUUUCCUCCUUCCCGACGUCUUUGGAGACUCCGCCGCCUUCGACGACUGGUUCUCGCAACAGAAUGCCGACUCCGACGCUAUUGUCAAACAACUUCACAAGGUUCUGCGACCCUUUUUGCUACGACGUGUCAAGGCCGACGUAGAAAAGUCGUUGUUACCGAAGAAGGAAAUCAACCUGUACGUGGGUAUGUCCGACAUGCAAGUUCAAUGGUACAAGAAGAUUUUGGAAAAGGACAUCGAUGCUGUCAAUGGCGGUGCUGGCAACAAGGAGAGCAAGACUCGUCUACUGAAUAUUGUCAUGCAAUUGCGCAAGUGCUGCAACCACCCCUAUCUCUUCGAAGGCGCCGAGCCUGGUCCACCCUACACAACGGAUGAACAUUUGGUCACCAACGCCGCCAAGAUGGUCAUGCUGGACAAGCUGCUCAAGCGCAUGAAGGCUCAAGGCAGCCGCGUGCUUAUCUUCUCACAGAUGAGCCGUGUCUUAGAUAUUAUGGAAGAUUAUUCGGUCAUGCGAGGAUACCAAUACUGCCGUAUAGACGGUUCGACUGCUCACGAAGAUCGUAUCCAGGCCAUUGACGACUACAACAAGGAAGGCUCAGAGAAGUUUUUGUUUCUCUUGACCACCCGCGCCGGUGGCUUGGGUAUCAACUUGACUUCGGCCGACAUUGUCGUUCUCUUUGACAGUGACUGGAACCCGCAAGCUGAUCUUCAAGCCAUGGACCGCGCUCAUCGUAUCGGCCAGACCAAGCAAGUCUACGUUUUCCGCUUCGUUACCGAGAUGGCUAUUGAAGAAAAGGUGCUUGAGCGUGCCGCACAGAAGCUGCGUCUGGAUCAGCUAGUCAUCCAGCAGGGUCGUACACAGCAGCCGGCGAAGAACGCUGCAUCAAAGGACGAGUUGUUGACCAUGAUUCAGCACGGUGCAGAGGCCGUAUUUAAGAGCAAAGGGCCUGUUGGUCCAGCAGCUGAUGGCGAGCUCGCCGAUGAUGACUUUGAUGCCGUCAUGCGCCGUGGUGAAGAGAUGACUGAGAAGCUUAACAAGAGGUACGAGACACUUGGUCUCGAUGAUCUCCAAAAGUUCACUUCGGAUUCGACAUACGAGUGGAACGGUGAGACGUUUCAACCUCGUAAGAAAGAGGUUGGCAUCUCGUGGAUCAACCCCUCGAAGCGUGAGCGCAAGGAGCAAAACUACGGCAUCGACUCCUACUACCACCACUACGAGGGCAUCUCAGAAGAAGUCGACGCAAGGAUGCAGAGGAGAUUGAAGCGUACGCAAGGUGUCUGGAAGAAGUACAAGACGCUAGACAAUUGGCAAAAGCACUUAGGUGUGAUUGAGGAAGGAGAGCUGCGCGUACGACAGUCGGAAGAGAAGAAGCGUUUGAUUGCCAAGAAGAUUAGCAUGUAUCGCAUGCCUCUUCAACAGAUGCAGAUCAAGUACACCGUCUCGACUACCAAUAAGAAGGUGUACACAGAGGAAGAGGACAAAUUCCUCGUCGUCAUGCUACACAAGUACGGUGUAGAGGGCGACUUGAUCUAUGAGAAGAUCCGAGACGAGAUCCGUGAAUCACCCUUGUUUCGAUUUGACUGGUUCUUCCUGUCGCGCACACCCCAGGAGAUUGGCCGUCGCUGUACCACGCUAAUCUCAGCCAUUGUCCGCGAGCUUGGUGAUGGCGAUCUGAAAAACAAGAAUGGCAAGCGCGGAUACGACGAGGAAGAGACAGAGGAGGAGGAGGAGCAACCGAAGAAGAAGACGAAGAAUGGAGUCAAGCUUGACACUGUCAAGGCCAAGGGUUCUCCCGCUUCGGCGACACCAUCUCGUGCGAGCAGCGUUGCUACGAAUGGUUCGGCGACCAAGGGUUCAACAACAAAGGGCAAGGGAAAGGGAAAGAAGAAGUAG